UUAUUUUCCAACGCUAAUUGGUUUUGAACAUUGUUUUCGUUUAGGUAAUCUUUUUCAUUGUCGAAACUCAUACCCAUGAUAAUAGCGUUUUUGAUUUUCAAGAAUCAUGCUUCAGUGCUCAUCUACAGCUACAGUUUCGAUUCAACGCUUUUCUCUGUUUGUUUUUACUUUAGUUCAUCAAAUACGUUCCAAUGUCCCAGUUAAAUAACCAUAAUAUCUAGAGUUGUCCCAUGUUAAUGAAAUAUUGAUUAUUUAGUUAAGUCUUAGGAAAUUUAUCUACCAAAACCUGACAACAACGGAUAUUCAACAUUCAUUUUAAACGUUACACAAAGAAGCUGCAACAAAGAGAAGGGAGCACCUGCUGGUUUGUUCGCGCAAUCAAUACAACGCUUUAAGCUUUAGUAACCGAAACACGUUAUUGGCUUACCCGCUGUUACAGAAUGAACGAGACAAUAUUCGACUUACUAAUUAGUUAUACUAUAAACAAAUCCACGUGCUUUAGCCUCAAUGUGUUUAUUUUCUCAUAUGUUUUCUGUCAAUCUCGGCAGAAAGUAUAUACACAUCUCAUUCAUUAAUCAUGAUCUGACUGAAUCAAGCAUAACAACCAAAAUCCUUUGUUUGAAUUUUAACGUUUCUCAAUUUUAAACAAACGAUAGGUACUAUUAUGAUUCAAUAAACACAACGAUGUCAUUUGUGGUCCCGCUUUGAUGCAAAAUAAUAAAUAUUUAGUGAUGUUGAUAAGUUUUGCUACAGUUAAAUAAAGUGAAGGUUUAGUCUCUACAAUGUCCUUGGUAAAGAAAAUUCGAAAAAUAAUGAAAUCAAGUAACAACAACAAAGAACCGAAAUUCGAUGAAAGCCUGGAAACUGCACAGCAGUACAAAGAAAGAUGGCGGUCCAUUUAUGUAGUUUAUUUUACUAUGUUCAUUAUGUCCCUAGGAUUUAGUAUUAUAGUGACUGGAGUGUGGCCAUAUUUAGAUAAGCUUGAUCCAUCUGCUGGAAAAGAAUUCAUGGGCUUCAUCGUGGCUGCCAACCCCUUCGGCCAAAUGCUCUUCUCGCCAUUAGUAGGAUGGUGGAGCAACAAAUUAGGCUCCAUACGAAUUCCAUUGAUAUUUUCUCUAUUGCUUUUUACGUUCGCCAGCGGUAUCUACUCUUGUUUGGAACUUUUUGACUCUCACAUCAAGCACUGGAUGUUGUGGAGUCGGUUUUUGGUAGGUGUAAGUUCAGCAAACGUUGCAGCUUGUCGUUCCUACCUUUCAGCCGCGACCAAAUAUUCGGAACGUACAAAAGCUGUUUCGAUGAUCUCCCUAGCUCAGGUAUUGGGUUUCGUGGUGGGUCCAGCUAUUCAGGCAGCUGUAGUUCCCCUAGGUGAUGACGGCGUCUGGCUGAUUCCACACAAGUUAAAAUUGAAUAUGUAUACGGCAACAGGUUGGAUAAAUGUGUUUUUAAGCUUCCUCAAUAUUUAUCUUUUCUUACCAAAUGUAUUCAGCGAAUAUAAGAUAGCAGCUAAAGAAGCGAUGCUCAAACAAGGAAAACCUAAUGAAAAAGAUACUUGGAAGGGAUCAAAGCCGGACUAUUUUGCUGCUGGAACUUUGAUUGUGGCCUUCUUUGUUAUGGUGUUUAAUUUCAUGCUAUUAGAAACUUUAGGCACGCCACUGACAAUGGACCAACUUGGAUGGUCCAAAGAUAAAUCUUUAUGGUAUAUGGGAAUUAUCAUGUCUGUAUGUGCUAUGUUUUCGAUAUUUACUUUUCCCUCCAUUCCGAUUUUAUCCAAAAAGUUUUCUGAAGUUAAGUUAAUGAUUUGGAUUGGAUUUUUCUUGAUGGUUAUAGGAAGAUUUUCUUGUAUACCCUUUUCUGGUCCUUCUCCAAAGAUGUACGAUAUCAACCUUAGAAAAAAUCUCUCAAUAUUCUGUGAACAAAAAUUUAAAAAUAGUAGCCAAUUAUAUCAACUUGACUUUGAAAGUUUAAAUGCAAAUCUUCUACAAUAUGACAGAUUUCUAGCACCAAAUAUCACCAAUGGAACGCAAAUUCGUCACAUGACUCUGGAUUGCGGGGAUGACCUCCUGGGUUGUCCAUCUAGUCAGGAAUGGUGUAAUGAAGUGCCUGCAAUCACCUAUACUCAAUUCAUUUUUUGCUAUGUUUUGACUGUCCUGGGUUAUCCCAUAGGGAUUACGUUAAUUCAGACGUUAUUUUCAAAAUUGUUAGGUUCAAGACCUCAGGGCGUUUGGAUGGGUUUAAUGACAGGCUCUGGUUGUUUAUCCAGAGUAAUGGGUCCAGUAUUCGUUACUCACGUCUACGAAGAAUAUGGAACAGUCUGGACGUUUGGUAUGACAUCAGCUAUGAUGGCUGUUAGUCUUUUGUGGCUGUGGUAUUUUGAGAAAAGACUCGAACCUAAAGAACCACUCACAUUGGAAAACUGUUGUUUAGCAGAGCAAGAAUUAAAAGAUCUGACGGUUGACUAUGAUCAAAAGGAAUAUCCGCCAAAAUUUGAAAAUCUUAGCUAACACUUGAUACAUUGACAGAUAAGACGUCCUUAUGAUUAUUCCGAUGAAUAAUUCUAAUCACUUUAUCGCACUUAAAAAUUGAAGAAAUGUAUUUCUAUGAAAUCGUUUAUGACUGAAUUUUUAACCGCAUACGUAAAUGUAUUUUUAAGUAGGUACCUAUACCUGCUCAAAAUAUAAAUGUGAUAUUUGCGAACGUGUUAGGUGAAUAGAGACCGUAGAUUAAAUUUAUUUUUUAUAUUCCCAUUAAAAUAUAUGUAGGAAGUAUUGAUUAUACUUUAAGAGGCAUACUUAUUUUUUAUACAUGAAUACAUUUUAGUAUUUUAUACAACUAUAGAUAGGUAUUUGAAUAGGUAGUUUUUGUGAUAUUUUAUAUACCAACGAUCAAAAUGUAGCAUAUUUUUAUAUAAUUAGUUAGCUUUAUUAUUCACAUUCUUGAGUAAAACAUUUAUACAAUAAUAUAAUAUACAUAUGUAUAUGUGUUCUAUAACUUUAAUAAUAUUAACUAUGUAUAUAAGUAGGUAGGUACAUUAAAAAAUAUCACCAGGUUUUUAGGUUUCAUAAUAAAUACUUUUCUAAAAUAUAUGAUUUUUCUGGUACUUCUAAUUGAGAAUCAUCAAUCUUAACAGUUUUACCAAUAUCUUCAGCUUCUUUAACAGUAUCCGGCAGUUUUUUGUGUAAAGUCUCAGGAAAUAGAAGAGUCAAAACACCAGCUAUCAAAGACAUUCCAGCAAAGCUAAGUAGAGGUAGAGGGCCCCAAAGUUUUGCCUGAAAAAUAAAAUUAAUUCAAUCGAAUUGGGAUUUAUCCAGUAUCAAUCUACCAAUAGUGGAGUUUGUGGCGAUAUCAUUGAUCCGCAUCUGCCAAAUGUCGAACAAGUCCCCAUAAACGAGUUUCUUAAAUUAGUUGGGAACAUUUCACUAGUGAUAACGUAAAGGAUUGUGAACGAGGCUGUGGCUCCAAAUUUUCCGAUUAGGUAAACGGAGAGGCU